AUGAUCAAAGUUCGCGCCAGAAUCCUAAAACCCGAUGGCUCUGCUGUACUCGAGGACUCUGUUGGUCCUGUGAAUAAUUUUUUACAUUCAAUGUUUAACCAAGUGGAUGUAUAUUUCAACCAAAAAGUUGUUACGCCUCCAAAUAAUCUGUACGCCUAUAGAGCAUACAUUGAAACAUUACUGAACUAUGGAACAGAUGCAAAAUCCUCACAUCUUGGCACGUCACUUUGGGCUACGGAUAGCUAUGGUGCAAUGGAUUCUACUGCUGUAGCGGCGGGUGAUGCGAGAAACAACAAUGGGCUAGUCUCACGUCAGGCCUUUACUCAAGGUGGAAAAGCAUAUGAUCUACUGGGACAUUUACAUUGUGACGUGUUCAAUCAAGAUAAGUUUUUGAUGAAUGGCGUAGAGCUACGCGUUCGUCUUAUCCGUGCAAAGGACGACUUUUGCCUUAUGGACGAUAGUGCCCUGAAUUAUAAGCUGCGUAUAGUAGAAGCCUCCUUGAUUGUUCGUCGUGUCAAACUCAGCCCUGGAAUUUUGAUAGCUCAUGCUAAAACGCUUGCAAAGACAACUGCGAAAUAUCCUUUGACACGGGUUGAGGUCAAAUCUUUUGUUCUCCAUAAUGGGAUUAUGGGAGAGACAAUAGACAAUGCGAUUUUGGGGCAGCUGCCUAAAAGAAUCAUACUGGGAUUUGUUGAAAAUGCCAGUUUCAACAGCUCGAGGAAGAAGAAUCCCUUCAACUUUCAAAAUUUGGGGAUAAACUUUUUAUGUCUGAAUGUCGAUGGACGUCAAGUACCUACAAAACCUCUGCAGCCAUGUUUCACCUCUGGCGUCUGCCUAGAUGUGGAAGCAUUGAACACACUAUUUGCUGAAAUUGAUUCCACAAGACAGGUUAUUGUCGACUACAGUGCAUGA